UAUGUUGCCAUUUGUACUGCCUGGUGUGGAUUUCCCAAUAACCCAAUAACAUGUACUUGUCCCUUCUUCAUUCUUAAAACAGACGAGAAGCCAAAGUUCAAGCCAUCAGGACCCAAGAUCCCAGAUGGUGAGAAAGUGGACUUUGAUGACAUCCAGAAGAAACGUCAGAACAAGGAUCUGGUUGAGCUGCAGUCCCUCAUCGAUGCUCACUUCGAGGACAGGAAGAAGGAAGAGGAGGAGCUCAUCGCCCUCAAAGACAGAAUUGAGAAGCGCAGAUCUGAGAGGGCAGAGCAGCAGAGGAUCCGGACUGAAAAAGAUAAGGAGCGCCAGGCGAGACGUGAGGAGGAGAGGCUGAGGAAAGAGGAGGCAGAUGCUAAGAAGAAGGCAGAUGAUGAUGCCAAGAAAAAGUCAGCUCUGUCAGGAAUGGGCUCCAACUACAGCAGCUAUCUUCAGAAGGCUGACUCCAAGAGAGGUGGCAAAAAACAGACAGAAAGAGAGAAGAAGAAGAAGAUCCUGGCUGAGAGACGCAAGCAACUCAACAUUGACCAUCUCAGUGAGGACAAACUCAGAGAAAAGGCAAAUGAGUUGUUUGAAUGGAUGAAGACCCUUGAGUCAGAGAAGUUUGACCACACGGAGAGGCUGAAGAAACAGAAAUACGAGGUUACCACAUUGCGCAAGAGAGUGGAGGAGUUGAGCAAAUUCAGCAAGAAGGGCGCCGCCUCUCGUCGCAGGAAGUAAACACAUCUACUUGCAGGCCAAGACCACCACAAAGAUGAUGGACAAGAGUUAAAUUCAUCCUUCCCUUUUGAUCUGUGCUGCUUACACUCCAAAGUCAGUAGUUGCUGUAGGUCAAAUAUCAAAGAACUCUUUCUCGCCUUGAACUCUUAGUUGCUUCCAGUUUAUGUCGUGUAAAUAAAGUGUGACUAUAAAGCCUAGAUCAGUAGAUCUGUUCUUAUACAAACAUCAAUAAAAUCCUUGUUUUUAGACAUGUUAUC